GCUGAUCGAAAUAUUUUGACAACCGAAAGGGAAGCACCUAACCUAAGUUUUUAUUUGAAAUGUAACCUCAUUAAACAAAAAUGAGAUGCCCAGGAUGGUAUUGUGGCAGAACACUGUUGGAAAAUGCCAGUUUAGGGGAGUGCGGGGCGUGCCCCAGGGGCUACCGAAGGAAUGACAGUACCUUUAUUUGCGAUCCGUGCACGGACAAUCCCUUGUUUUACGACUGGUUAUACUUGGGAUUCAUGGUUCUGUUAGCGCUAGUUCUGCAUUGGUUUUUUAUUGACCUCGUUGUAAUGCGACGAAAUUUCAACAAAGAAGUCAUUAUGCUACACUGUUCAGCGUUUAUUGAAAUAGUCUUGGCGUGCGUGUUAACUCUGUUGUCAACCGAACCGUUUGGUACGCUAACGAUACGUAGUUGUGCAGUCAGAAGCCUCUCCGAUUGGUAUACGUUACUUCAUAAUCCUCGUCCUAAUUACGAGAAAACGGUACACUGUACACAGGAGGCGGUUUAUCCGUUGUAUACAAUGGUGUUUGUGUUCUUUGCAUAUGCCCUAAUCUUGAUGCUUAUAUUGAGACCAUGGAUUUGCAAGAGAUGCUUGCCCAGACAGAGCAAGAUGUCGAUAUAUGCCGCAAUGUACUUUUUACCAAUACUCGCGCUCCUGCAAGCACUGAUCGGGGGUUUACUGUAUUACUCAUUUCCGUAUCUAAUCGUGGUCUUAUCGGUAAUAUCGUGCGCAGCACACUUUGCUGCUCAAAUAGACCAAACCGUACUCUCCCUCAUUAUAACAACGGUUGUGGAUUUGAGAAAUGUAAUCAUCCUCAUUGGCCAUUGGUGUUUACACGCAUAUGGUAUAAUUGCUAUAACACAGCUCACAAAUCCGACAUUACACGCCUUGUUGAUACUUCUAGUGCCACUACCUGCGUUAUUUUACAUACUUACGGCUAGGUUUACUGAUCCGUCGAGGUUCUUGCCAACUUAAAACAUGUUUUAUUGUUAUUAUUUGAAUCUUCAUUGGAACUAUUUAUUGUAAAUAUUUUUUUAAUUUUAAGCAUAAAAUAUACAUUCGUAACUUU